UUGCUCUCUCCUGGACAGGCCCGCCUGUAGCUGUCGGGCCUGGGGGACCUUGGGCAAGCAAGUUCCACCACGCGACAAUGGCUGGCCACGGGCAAUCGCCUUGCCCACCCUGAUAUCUCUGAUCUCGCAUCGCGGAAGUAGCAGCGCCAUCCCCCGUCUCCGGGGCCUAUCUUCAGUCCGGCCUGAACUCCGUGUCAGCGGGCCGAAGCCCUUCGGCCCAAAGACAGCCAGCUAGGCCAGGCCAGCCCAUGGCUCUGUGCCGUGCCAGGGUCAACCAUGUCGAAAUCAUGACAAGGUGCCAAAAUCUGAUUCCUCAUCAAUGGAGAAUUGGAGACAUCACGCGGUGUCUCCCUCUCACUCUCUCUCUCUUAUUUUUUCCUCUUUGAUAUGGACGGCUCUUGGACGGCCCCUCUUCUUCUCGGCCGAGAGGGCAAUUUCGCAAGAGAAAAGUCACACCUCUCUCUCUUCUCCCGUGUGCCGGGGCGACGCUAGUAAAUCCAAGGACCAGCCAGGCCCAGGCACAAAACGGCCGCCACGGAUUUCCGCGCCCAGAAGUUCCACAAAAGCAAGAAAUUCGUUCGAGAUAAUUUAGCAAAAAAGAAAACGCCGGCCGCCGGCCGCCGGCGCGCGGCGCUAGAAUCUAAUAAAUCCCAACGGCGUUUCUCCCGCCACUCUCACUCUCACUCGCC